AUGAAGAGACAUGCCACUCGAUUGCAAAUAGAGAAAGGCAUAGGAUGGAAUGGGAGAGGUACUGAGAACUCAGUUACAGCUAUAUGGGAUGAAUUAAGACCGAAACAAAUGAAGGUAGUGUGGCGUAGGCUAAUAUGGUGUAAGAUGCAUGUACCCAAACAUGCAAUCAUAGCUUGGAUAGCGAUAUUAAAUAGACUUCCUACCAAGGAUAGAUUGAACGCAUGGGGGAUUACAAAUGAAACAGCGUUUUACAGCUUUGCAAGUUACAUAGAGAGGUAUGUGGUUGGGAAGAGGAAUUCCAUUGGGCUCAAUGAUCGGCAUACAACCAUGAGAGCAGUUACAAAUUCCUUUUUUGGAUUUCUUUUUGUCAUCGUAGCCACCAUUAUUAGCAUUUGUGAUGGGAAUUCCAAUGUGCUUUGCAUUGAAAGUGAGAGGCAAGCCCUUUUGAAGUUCAAGCAAAACCUCAUUGAUCGAUCAAAUAGGCUAUCUUCUUGGGUUGAAGGUGAGGAUUGCUGUGAAUGGCUGCAUUUGGGGCUUCAUUCAAGUAGUCCUGAUGUAGAACUGGAUGAUGAAUGGGAUGGUUACUUUCAGUCAGCUGAAUGGAAUGCUUACUUUUGGUCAAAGCUAGGAGGCAAAAUAAAUCCUUCUUUGAUCGAGUUGAAACAUCUCAGUUUCCUAGACUUAAGCAACAACGACUUUAGAGGCUUGGCAAUUCCUGAAUUCAUUGGUUCGAUGAAGAGUUUGAUACAUCUUAACCUCUCUUUGGCAAAUUUCAGCAGAACAAUUCCCCAUAAUCUUGGAAAUCUCUCAAAAUUACAAUGUCUUGAUCUUGGAUACAAUUCCUUUUUUGAAGCUAAAACUCUUCAAUGGGUUUCUGGUCUUUCAUCUCUGCAAUAUCUUGAUUUGAGUCAUGUAGAUCUUGGUAAAGCAACUGAUUGGCUGCAGGCAACACACAAACUUCCUUCUUUGGUGGAGUUGCACUUGUCAGAUUGCUAUUUAAAUAAUAAUGAUCCAUCUUCAAUCAGGGUUAACUACACAUCUCUUGCCGUUCUUGAUCUUUCUUCAAACAUGUUGUCUUCGAUACCUACCUGGAUAUUCAGUCUUCGUAGUAUUGUGUCCAUUGAUCUUAGCUCUAAUGGAGUUGAAGGUGUGAUUCUCAAUGGUUUUCAAAACAUAUCUUCUCUCAAAUUUCUUGAUCUUAGUUGGAAUUCAUUCUCUUCAUCAUCGACACUCAGCUGGUUGUCUAAUUUAAACCAACUUCAAUUCCUUGGUCUUGGUGAUGUCGGCCUGAAAGGUAAUUUUUCAAUUGCCAAUAGAAACUUGAGCUCUCUUACUCAUCUUGAUGUUUCACGUAAUGGAAUUGAUCAAGAGGUAUCAGAAAUCAUAGAGAGUUUGUCUAGAUGUUGUUUGGAUCGAUUAGAGUCAUUAAAUAUUGCAUCUAACAAACUUUCUGGCCAUUUACCUGAUCAACUUGGUCAAUUUAAAAAUUUGGCAUACCUUUUCCUUUCUAGAAACUCCAUUUCGGGUCCUAUUCCAUUCUCAAUAGGGAAGUUGCCAUCAUUGAAACUUCUUGAUGUUUCAUACAAUCAAUUGAAUGCAACUCUUCCUCAAAGUUUAGGACAACUUAGGAAUUUGGAACAUUUAGACAUUAGCAAUAAUAUGUUGGAAGGAAAUCUAUCAGAAAUGCACUUUUCUAAGCUCACGAGAUUGAGAUUAUUUUGGGCAUCUAACAACUUGAUAACGUUUAAACCAAAUCCAAGUUGGAUUCCUCCUUUUCACUGUGAAAGUAUUGAAUUGCGUAACUGGCAUAUUGGUCCGCAAUUUCCUCAGUGGCUACAAUUCCAAAAGAACUUGUCUCGUUUAGCAUAUCUCCCAUUGCUGAAAUUUCGGGUGUCAUCCCCACUUGACAACCCAUCAGGCACCCAGCCUUCCAAAGCUUUGACAGGUUUCCUACAUUGGCAAUCAUCUAUGCGGACCACCAUCACUGAAAUUGCAGCAGAAAAUGGCGAAACACCUGAAUUAAAAUGGAGAGAUAGCAGUGAAGGAAGGCACAGGUCUAAGGUGAAAUUGGCUUAUGGUGAGCAUAGUGGUUGA